AUUUUCUGUGGUCGGUGCAUGUGACAGCGAAGCGAUAUAAAAAUUAAAAUAUUUCUCAAUAUAACUUGGACUUUGUUUAUUUUCAACUUUAUAAUUUAUACAACAUCAAAUUGAAUUUAUACAACAUUGUUCACAAUGCCGCGUUUCCACACGGUAGAAAUCAAUAAAACAGAAUGGAUUGUACCUGAGAGAUAUCAAAUGCUUACACCUGUAGGAUCUGGGGCUUACGGUCAAGUUUGCUCUGCCAUUGACACCUUGCAUAACAUGAAGGUGGCAAUAAAGAAAUUAGCAAGGCCUUUCCAAUCAGCUGUGCAUGCUAAGCGCACUUACAGGGAGUUGAGAAUGUUGAAACAUAUGAACCACGAAAAUGUUAUUGGCCUGCUGGACGUAUUCACUCCUGAAAAGAAUCUGGAAGAGUUUCAGCAGGUUUACCUGGUGACACAUCUCAUGGGAGCUGAUCUGAACAAUAUAGUCCGCACUCAGAAGCUGUCUGAUGACCAUGUCCAGUUCCUCGUCUAUCAGAUACUUAGAGGACUCAAGUACAUACAUUCGGCUGGAAUCAUCCAUAGGGAUCUUAAACCCUCAAACAUUGCUGUCAAUGAAGAUUGUGAGCUGAAAAUUUUAGAUUUUGGUUUGGCGAGACCCACAGAAACUGAAAUGACGGGAUAUGUGGCUACAAGGUGGUACAGGGCUCCAGAGAUAAUGCUUAACUGGAUGCACUAUAAUCAAACUGUAGACAUCUGGUCAGUUGGCUGUAUUAUGGCUGAAUUACUGACAGGUAGAACACUGUUCCCAGGUACAGACCAUAUUGACCAUCUCACAAGAAUAUUAUUUUUGUGCGGAAAACCUGAUCAAGAGACGAUUGAUACAAAAUUAAGUUCGGAGGCACGUAACUACAUCCAGUCGCUGCCUACGAUGAAGCGCCGGGAGUUCCGCGAGGUGUUCCGCGGCGCCAACUUACUGGCUAUCAACCUGCUCGAACUAAUGCUGGAACUAGACGCUGACAAGCGUAUAACAGCGGAGCAAGCGCUCGCUCACGAGUAUCUGUCGCAGUACGCCGACCCUAUGGACGAGCCGGUGUCUGCGCCCUACGACCAGAGCUUCGAGGACAUGGAACUGCCGGUCGACAAGUGGAAAGAGCUCGUGUGGCAAGAAGUUGUAGAGUUUAAGCCUCAUCCACAACACAUGAACACAGUAAUCGAAGUCAACCCUUCGUAAUUAGCAAUCCAUCAACCACGGCACUUUAUAGCCAUUUGAAACAUUGUUUCGAAGGCAAUAUUUUUACAUGCGAUUAUAACGCCAUAGGUCGUUAUAAAUAAACGAGCUAUAAGUUCUAAGAGUCAAUUUUUAUACAUAUUAUAAUAUGUAAAUGGUAAUUAUGUUAUAUCGGUCAGUAUGUUAUUAUAUAAUAAUAUAAUUAUUGUAAAAGUUGAUUUUAUUUUCUGUAACAGAUGUUCUAAUCAUAGCUCACGUCAUUAAGUGGGUAACAAAUUGGUAUUAUUAUAAUCAACAUAAUCAACUUGCAAUUAGGUAAAGUUGAAUUUAUUUACUGUAACGAAAUUCCGGCCAUAGAAGUAGCGAUGGUUCGCUAAAUAUGGUCAACUACUCAUCAAGUUGGGAACACAUUUGCUGUGUUGUAGUAAAUAAAAUCAACUUAUAAUAAAUUAUAUUGGUUUAAGUUGAUUAUACUUACUGUAAUAAUUAACAUAAAUAUUUGCGAUGAAUAGUAUUUUGUUCCAUACAAGCGGGGAACAUAUUAGAGAAAUCGACGUUAUGCUUGUCAAGUCAAAUCAAAACUUGCCUAAUAAACAUUUAUUUUUGAAUAAACAAAAUACCUACAUUUAAUUUAGCUCAACAUGUGGGGAGUGUUCUCAGAUCAAUUAAGAAGGACCAGUAUCGCACACAAAUUCACGAACAAAAUUUUUGGUAUAUAUCUUAUACUAAACUAGAAGUUUAUGUCCGUUUUUUACACCAUUCAACUACACAAAAAGGUAUUUUUACGGAGCUAUUUAACCGACGAACACGAUUACAACUAUGAAACAUCGAUACUAUAGAGACAAUUUUUACAAUCGCAUUAGAUCGUUGAUCAUAUACUCUGGCAGAAAGAAACGUCUAGCGAGGCAGGUCCUAUAUAAUAAUUGGUCUGAGGGAGGCGCCUGUGCCAUGAAAAUAUUACAUACAGAAGUGGUAUAUUGUAAUUUAAAAAAAUAGUUUAUUUGAAGCGCAUCUACUAUUUAAUAGUUGGCUUAUUUUAGAUAUUACUCUUAGUGUUAUCGAAUGUUUUAUGUAUGCAGAUUAAUUGUUUAUGAGCUUUUAUAUGAAUUUGUAUAUGUAUAAUUGGUUUUAGCUAGGUAGUGUAAGCAAAUAAAUUGAAUUAUUUUUUAUUUCAUUUUGAUGAAAUUAUAUUUAUCUCCCCUAAUAAUUGAGCUAUUGAAUUAUAUUUUUACACUAAUUAAUUUUUUUUUAAUUAUUUGUUUUGCUAUUUGGUAUCUAUACAUGGAAAUAAAUUUGAAUUGCUGUUUGUAAUUUUAAAUUAACGCUAAAUGCUUAUGACUACAUAUAUAGUACUUAUAUCAAAAACCCCAUUUAAGUAUUAAAUUAAAUGUCUUUCAGUCUGUGUGUUCUGGUUCUCUGAAAAGGUUGGACCGAUGUUGACGAGACUUUCACUAGCAGAUAGCUGAUCUUAUAGGGGAACAUAUUCACCGUAUUACAGAAACUACUCGGGUGAAACUAGUAUUUUUGCCAUAUUUUUAAUAUGACCAAUAUUCCCAUUCUCCAAUUAGUCGAAAAAAAUGGUAUUAGUGGUGUACUAAAGAUUACGAGCCUGAGGUUCUCAAACCAUAUAU